AUGGCUACGCAUACUGGAAUAACCGAGGCCGUCCUCACCUAUCAGCCUCCUCAUGAGCCAGUCAAAGAAUUCGAGCCUCCUAAAGAUCGAGCCUUUUUCGCUGAUCCUGAGAAAAAAUCUCUUCUGAGUGCGGUCAAAGCUAUCCGCAAUUUGACCCCAUAUAUCGGGACAGAACUUGUGGGCAUUCAAUUGAGCCAACUUACCGAUAGCCAGAAAGAUGAGCUUGCAUUACUGGUCGCUGAGAGGGGCGUUGUCUUUUUCAGGGAUCAGGAUAUCACCCUGGACCAGCAACAUGAAUUGACAAAGCACUAUGGCAUUCAAGACCGUGAUCCCAACCAACAAGAUCCUCGACAUGUGACCAUCCUGGGAAAUAACAAUUCCAGUGAUAUUCGAGCGUACUCGAAUUUCGGAGGAGAAUACCACUCUGAUCACUCGCAAGAGGCGAACCCACCGGCUUAUACUAUGCUUCGAUUGAUUAGAACUCCAGAGACCGGUGGCGACACCAUUUUUACCAGCCAAACGGCGCUGUACGAUAAACUGAGUCCGACGUAUCAGAAAUACCUGGAUGGAUUGCAUGCGGUUCACAGUUCUGAGCAAUCAUACAUCAACUCGCUAAACAACGGUUAUCGUCCAUUCCGUGGCCCCGUGCGCCGAGAACAUCCAUUGAUUCGCACCCAUCCCGUUACGCGGCUCAAGUCUCUCUUUUACAAUCCGACAUUUGUCAUCCACAUAUCGGAACUCAAGGGACAAGAAGCAAAUCACACUCUAAAUUUCCUGCGCGACCAUCUUCAUAGCGCCGAUGACUUGACAGUCAGAUGGAAAUGGGAGCCGGGCAGUGUUGCAUUCUGGGACAAUCGAUCGGUCGUUCACAGGGCCAUUCCAGGCGGCUAUGAUCCAACGACUAGAGAAGGAAAGCGCACGGCCAUCUAUGGAGAGAAACCGUUCUUCGACCCGAACAGUGAGAGUUUGAGUGAACGUAUAGCCCGUGUUGGUGGAGACCCUGCAAAGAAUGAGAUCGUCAAUCUUCACUUUAGAAGUCCGCAGGUGUGA